AUGGAGUACGAAGUCAUGUGGGGCGACGGCCCGUUGGGUCUGACCCUCCGUCCCGAUCUGGGAGAGGACAUGCCGCCUGUCGUGGGUCGGAUCACGCGUCAGGACUCGGCCGCUGCCAUGGCCAAAGUUGCCGUAGGCCACAUGCUCGUGAGCAUCAACGGCAUGGAUACGGCCCGUCAGGGCUAUGAUUUUGUGGUCAAGACGCUGCAGAAGAUCCCGCGGCCCGCCACGCUGCGGUUCCGUGUGCCACGGGCCAUCACAGGCAGCGCAGGUGUGUACCGUGACUCGUCACGGAGCUCUUCGCGUCAAAGUCGCGAUUCGACGGGCACAUCGUGGUCGGAUUCCGGCAAGUCGCCGUCCAGGGUGAGCGCGUCAACGUCGUCUCGUCGACGGGAGCAAUAUACAGUGGUGUGGACAGAAGGUCCAUUGGGGAUGAUUCUCCGUCCGGAUGACGACGACUGUCAUGUGCCUUGUAUCCGUAAAAUUACAGGCAAAGGAGCGGGCACAGGCAUGGAACGGGCGACGGUGGGUGAUGUCUUAGUGGCCGUGAACGGCCAAGAGACAAAGUCGCUGGGCUUUCGCAGCACGAUCUCGCUGCUCAAGACGAUUCGCAAGCCGGCAGUGCUCAAGUUUAAGCGUAUGGGAAGGCGCAUAUCACGCAAGAAAUCGGCGCUCGAGUCGUCGGGAGGGAGUCGUAGCGUGAGCGGUGGCAUUCCCAGUGACAUUGGCUCGUACGAUAUUGUGUGGCGGGAAGGCGAUCUAGGUCUGAAGCUCAAGCCGGGACAUCGGGACAUUCCAGUGCUUAGUAAGCUGACGGGAAAAGGACAUGCGAGUGGCCUUCAGAACGCACAAGUAGGUGAUGAACUUGUGUCGGUCAAUGGCACGCACGUGGAAGGAGAGACUUACCAGGACACGCUGCGGAUGCUGAAACACUCGCCGAAGCCAGCGGUGCUUCGCUUUCGCCCUGGAAAGACCCGGCGCGAGUCGAUGAUGUCUGUAGCAUCGGUCUGUUCGGUCCGCUCGAACCCGAGCACAGAGCGGGAAGUGACGAGUGUUGCGAGUCGCCAACAUGUGCCGUUAUACGACGACGUGCCUGCUCCUCGCAGAUCUGCUGACGCAUUGCCAAUGGUCAGACCUUUGCGCCCUGAACACGAACGCUCUGACCGUGACCGCUCCAGCCGUGACCGCCCUGGCCGUGAACGUGGGCGCUCCGAUCAUGAGCGACAGAAGCGAAAAAAGCGCAUUCCAUUGAAUGUAGCACGUGAGUUGGUAGCAGCGUCUCAAGGCUCGGACUUGGAUCAUGCUAUUUUUGCUGGCAUUCCUAUCACUGCCAUCGAGGAUGGCUCGAAGGAAGCGCAUUUACUUCGCGUUCAGGCGAAGCUUUGUAUUUCAAACCAAGCGAAGGUUGAGCGCAUCACGCCUGCGAAGGAAGCGCUGUCGCGCGCAGAGCAGGAGGCUAGGGUGCUCCAAGAAGCCCUUGAAAAAGUGAAGAGUCAGGCGAAGAAGUACGAAGAGAUUUUGGAGGCACAGUCACGUGAGCGUGUACUUGCGUUGGCAGUGCGGCACAAGCCAGAAGAAGUGGUGAAACGCCAGAACAAUGUGAUCAGCGAGUUGGCAGGUGUGAUCUCGGGUUUCAAGCGCGACUCUUAUGGCGAUGUGGAUAUCGUUCCUCCCGUGGUUGAAGAGGAUAAAGAUGUACAGAAGAUUAUGGACGACUUGCACAGUGUGAUGAGCAUUCCGGUGAUUGUGCCAACCGUGAAGUUCUGUGCCGAGUGCGGUACUACCGAGAAUGAGUCCAAGCUAGAUCUGGACGACGACGGCGAGUAUUACUGCAAAGACUGCUGGGACAAAUUCCUAAACAUGUCUGGAUCUUCUCCAGCUGAUGCGUCAGGGGCCGAACGGGUUGAGCAAUCGACUGAUUCACCAUCUGUGUCCGUGCACGAUGCACCACCACGGCCUACAAGUUGCGUGGUCGCCGAAGACCGUGAAGCUGAAGAGCAAAAGGCACGUGUGGAAGCAGAACGUAAGCUCAUGGAGAUUAAGGAGCUUCGCCGGUCAGGAUCGGUUGUGCCUGAGCGACAGUUGCACAAGACCAAUGCGGAGCGCUCACGGCGAGAGCGUCGCGGUCUAGAAGAGCUUGCUCAGGCGCUCCUUGAAGAAGAAGAACGCGCUCGUGCGGAGGGCAACCUUGGACUGGCCAAGAAGCUGAGUGCCCAGCGUGCACGCACGAUGGCCGAGACGUCCGGCGAAGGUUUGCAUCCGGGUAUCACGUCGUUUUCGUCUAUGAGCAGCCUGCUCGUCGGUUCGGAGGCUGAGCUUAGAAAUGGCGAUGACGAUACCACCAAAUCCAAGCUGUCGUCGUCAAUGCAGAUCGGUUCGCCGCUGACGUUCAGUCGCUCCGUUAGCGCAGCGCCAAGUGUGCCGUCUCAAGUGCCCGUCUCCGUGUUGCCACCCCUUUCGCCCGAACCUGCGUUGUCUCCUGUUGCCGCAGCGGAAGAUGAGGCCGGAGGGGAAGCUGGAGGGACAGAAGAGGAGGAAGCAGAAGCAGCUGAGACCGUCGCGAUGGAAGCCGCUAGUUCGUCGUGUGCGGCUGCAGAUGCCACCGCGUCUUCGUCCGGUGGCAAUGACUAUGGAGAUGUGAACUCAGAUGAAGAGGCAGAGGAUCAGAUGCACAUGGACGAUGAAGAAGACGUGCUCCGGGAGGUGGAGGAGAAGAACUUUGCGCUCGCACGGCAGCUGGACGAGGCCCACAGUGUCAUUGAGCGUGCGCGCAUGUCGAUCAGCAUGUCCGGGGACGACGACGAUGAGGAGACGACUGACGGCUUGAGCGACGAGCAGAUUAGUUUAUUUAAGAAACUAACGAGUCAGGCGGACGAGCGCAUGUCCAUGGUGGACCGUCUGCACCCGCAAGACGACUCGGACUCGGAUUCCGACUCGAACUCGGAGGAGGGAGAACAUGACGAUGACGAAGAGGAGGAGGAGGAGGAGGAGGAAGAAGACGAAGGCGUGUGGAUUUGA